GGCAUUGUACAUUGUGCACCGCCUGUUUUAACUUGUUGCGCCUCUUCGAUAUGAUUUGUCCUGGUUCUGUAAAGUCAUCAGUCAUUUAGGUCCUUAAUAUAUGGAUGAUUCGGAAGAGGAUCCCGAUCUUCUAAACGAAGAGACAUUCGACUGUGCAGAGAUAGGUGACUGGGAGAACGAACAUGAUCAAUUUGUGCAGAAUUUUCAUAAAGUUUCCGAAGAAUCUCCAACUGCUGAUGAACUACCAAAGUUCUGGAAUGACACUGGUGGUCUUUCGUUCUUAUGGCAAACGAGUGACCUCGGUUGUGGUGUGACUGUGGAUGAUGGGGGCGAAAAAGUUGUCGAUGUUGAGGAAACACUUCAAAAGCUAGUAUUAGAUGAGACCUUUGAGGAUCCUGCUAUCCUAGAUAUAUCCAGGAAGGUUUCUUACCAACAGCUCAACGAAGACUCAUUUCAGCAUCUGAGAAACACACCUGCAUAUCCGACUGCUCCUACUGACAUACUUGAUAAGACUCGUGACAUCUGGAGCAUUGAUGGUAGUUAUGAGGUUGGAUAUGGAAGUGGCAAGAUCAGCACAGCGUCCGAUUGUAAUAUGAAGUCGAAAAACGUAAUCGAUAUACUCCGAUCAUUGAAUGUUUACCCUCCACCAUCUGUCAAGACUGUAUCUAUACCACCAGAAGCUUCUACCGAAAAUUACUUGUCACGUAAGGUAGCUACAGAAUCACAAACAAGGGAAGUCGGUACUGAGUUAUUCUCCAAAGCUUCUCAAUCUUCAAGAAACCUCCAAAAUAUUGUAACAGUUAGUCAGCACAAAUUGUAUCCUAGCCCUGUGUUUUCUUCUGGGAAUCGCGUCUGCCAGUCACAAGCAGUUCAAAAUUCUCUAUCUGUCCAUCAGAAUGGAAUACAUGCCAAUCAUUUACGCGCUAACCCCUUUUCAUUGGAUAUUUUGAAGGGACAGUUUCCCACUGAUGCCAAUGUUUUCCCCACGUUACCGGCAAUGCAGUCUGUAUUUAAAAAUCUACAUCCCUCAAAGUUGGAUUACUCACAAAUUCAUGGUUUAGCAUUUAUGCGAAAUCAGUGCAUCCUUCCACAACAACCACCUGUCGUUUCACCUGUUUCUUCAAGUCAGCACAAUCCUUUGAUGUCACCUCCGAGCGUUCGUGGAAUAAUGUUGCCAAAUGUCCAACCCAAUAGUUUUCCGCUUUCAUCAUACCUCUCACGUUUUCCUGUUCAACCAACAAAUAUUGAGUCGAAACAGUCUGUUAGUCUAUCAUCAACUGUUAUACCCUGUUCAAAACAACCAACAGGAUUCGUUGCUCCACUUGAGGAAGUGUCCAUAGAUAAAGAAAGCGACCCAAACAGUGGUAGUUGGAUGACAGACUAUGAAGCAAUUGGUGUGUUAUUGAUUCAGUUGCGUCCUUUGAUGGUAUCUAAUCCCUAUGUCCAGGAUUAUUAUUUCGCAUCUCAAUGGUUGCGACGAAUAAAUGCUAUUCAAUCUAAACAUAUUUCAAAAGUUAAAAUGAACACUACAACUUCACCAGCAACAGUGCAACUUCCUAUUCCUAUACCACUUGAAAGCUUAAGCGAUUCCAAUUCACCGUAUCAAGUAACUCUGAAACAUAAACUUGUUAUUCCUUUUCGAGCUGUGAAUCGCCAUCCUAGUUUUGACCAAAAUAUAGAUGAAAACUGUGAUAGCUUAGAAAAGAAAAGUGUAUGCUCAGAAACUCCUACUUCUGAAUCAAGUAACGCACUGGGUCGUCCAACUAGAUCCAAUGUUCAUCGGCCCCGUGUUGUAGCAGAGUUAUCACUAGCGUCCGCAAUUUCAUCUACUGCAGAAACCACUUAUCCCGUGAUACCAAUAAAUAAUCAAACAAUGAACAAAAAAGUUGAUGAUUGUGAUUAUAUUUCUACCCUUUCUGAAUCAUCUGAUGUGAAAGCUAAUCGUCGUCGUUUGCUGAUUCUCGCUCGAAUUGAACGUAUGUUUUCAAUAUUACUGAUCUUAGAUGAAGUUUCCUUAUCUCUUAAAAGAGUUGUUGUUCAAAAUGACGCACGUUCCCGACUGUUAGAUUAUCAACAAGAACUGAUUAAUCAACUAAUCAGUGGACUACUCCAGUCAUCAUCGAUAACAAGCGAAGCCACGUCUAAAGAAGAAUUCAUAUCAGUCGUUGAGAAUGGUCUGUUUUCAUUGCCAUAUAGUUUUUUCUCUAUUCAUAAAGGAAUGCGUCUAUGGUGUUUAACUCUACAUCACCUACCGACAAAAAUUCAAAUCAAUUAUUUGUCACAAUUUAUUCAUGAUUUCCUUCGACUUCGUCAGCUUUGGCCAACUACAAUAAAUGAAGCUGCUUCCAUAUUCUAUCCUCAUUUACGUGAAAUUAUAUAUCAAUUGAAACAUAUUAACGAUUUCUUGAAGUUAUGCUUUCCUGAAGCAUUAAAGAUGAAUUAUGAUUCACAGUUAACUAUUCCUAUAACUGAUAAUCUGAAAUCUCUUUUAUCGUGUAAACUUGGCUUAUCUUUGAUUUUUUGUUUGCUCGACGCAUGUGCUCGUGCCUCCAACCCCACUGAUCCAUCAGAUUUUAUUCAAUUUGGAGCGUAUUUCAGUUAUGCCAAUUCAUUGAUUGAUCGUACUUGCUUUAAUAAUGCCACUAAUGAAUGUGAUUAUGUUAUGGAGUCAUUUCCACAUUUAGCUUCGAUUCUAUUGUUGUAUAUUAAACCAUCGAAAUAUGGUCUGUUAACUAAUGAUCAUUUGAACAUAUUUUGUGAUUUAGCAACCAAAACUAUUAAAACAUCAAAUAAUGAUAUUACUAAAUAUACUACUAUUACUACUACUACUACUAAUAAUAAUAAUGAUAAUAAAAAUAUGGAUGUGAAUCAGCAACUAUCAACCGGGAUCAUUGAUUCAGCUACUGCUAACCAUGCUUCAGUUUCAUCACUAUCAUCGUCAAGUUUGACACAAUGCUGUGCUACAGUGAGUAAUUCACAUAACUCUGCCGUGAACAAUCAUCAUCAUGCUACUCAACAACAAGAUCUUAGUAUGGACAAUUCAGUACCGACUCCGAAUUCACAGAAUUCUGAAAAUGUUUUGUCAAAUAUUACGAAAAAUCCCGAUGAUCUAUCUGUGUCAGUAGUUGUUGGUUAGUAGUAAGUAGUAGUAGUAGUAAGUUUAUAUCUAAUAAAUACAAAUACAGAAUUUAGUAAGCAGGAGAAAGAGGAAAAUGCAAAAAUCCGUUUUAUUUUCAAAGAAGUUUCGUUUAUUGAUCAUUCGAACAUUGAACAAUUAAAUGGAUCAUGUGUUGUAAACACCACCGUUUUCUCAUUUGUUUUUCUUUAAAAUUUUAAGUGUAAUUCUUUUGCUCUUCCGUAAGAAAAUCACAUCACACAAUAAAGAGUGGAAAAUAACUUUGUUCAUUAUAUUCAACUAGAUAGUGCGAUUGUAUAAUUCAUUUCGACAUUUGAUCAUCGUUCUAUGACGAUACAAUUUUAUAGUGAUUCAUCAUGAGGUUUUUGUCAUUAGAAUGAAUUGUUUAACCUCAUAAAAAUGUAUUUCAUACAAUCAAAUAAAAUAUCUUUACGUUUGUUUAUCCAUUUGUUCUAAUGUAAUUUAUUAUAUACGUCUCUAUGAUAUAUAUAUAUGUUUACAGAAAUUAUUAUUAUUCUGUUAAAUUUAAACUCAACCGAUCAUGCAAUAAAUAGAUCACCUUUGGGUUCUCCUUUCCUUUUGGUAUUUCAUGAAUUCUCUUAUUCUUCUCGACCCUGAAAUGAAAUAACAGGUGUAUAAUUUAUUUUUUACCAACUUCAAUGUAUAAAACUUUACACCAUCACCGUUCUCUUUUAAUAUUUUCUUCUCUUCCACAUACUCGUGCGUCUGUUGCCUGACUUUCUUUUCAGUUUCGAUGACGCCAUUAGUAAAGUUUGCAUGUCUUUUUGUUGCUUAACACCGACAUCCCCACUGUGUAUUUUUUUCGUUUUAAUAAUUGUGAAAUAACAUUUUGAAUAAAAAGAAUGGGGAUUUUU